AUGCGCCAGUCGCUUGUCCGAGGGCGCGCCUCCCGUGUCCCAGCCCACGCACUGCCGCCCUGUCGAACACGCUGCAGCUCAACACUCGCCCGGCCGACUAUAGCUGCGCUCUUAAGACAGUCACCGCCUCUGUCGUCCCCGCAGCAGCCUCCCUCCUCCAGUGAGACGCGCACGGUCAAUGGCUUUGUGCGCAGUGUCCGCAAGCAGAAGCGCAUUGCCUUUGCCGCCGUUGGGGACGGCUCGUCAUUGCAGACGGUGCAGGCUGUCUUGACUCCCGAGCAGGCCGACGGACUGUCAACGGGCGUAGCAGUCGCCAUCACCGGUCUAUGGACGCCAUCGCCCGGAGCAGAGCAGUCCCACGAAUUGCAGGCUGAAAGCGUCCGCAUUUUGGGCCAGCACGAUGCCACGACCUCUCCGCUGCAAAAGAAAUACCAGACGCCCGAAUUCCUUCGCAGUUUGCCUCACUUGCGGUCACGGCUGCCAUUGAACUCGUUGCUUUUGAGGCUAAGGUCUCAGGUCACCGCUCAAGUCACCAACUACUUCGCAAAUCAGGGCUUUAUCCAAGUCCAUCCGCCAAUUAUCACAUCCUCGGAUUGCGAAGGUGCCGGCCAAGUUUUCACCAUUUGUCCAGUCUCAUCGCCACCCGCGACCCGAGAAGCUCCUGACCUGCCACAGCACCGUGAAGAUCCAUUCUUUGGAUCUCCGAAAUACUUGACCGUCUCUAGCCAGCUUCACUUAGAGGCGCUCGCUCAGUCUGUCAGCAAUGUAUGGACCCUAUCGCCGACUUUCCGUGCCGAAAAGAGCGACACGGCUCGCCAUCUAAGCGAGUUUUACAUGCUCGAAGCGGAACUUGCCUUUGUGGAACAUCUCGCAGAGGUCAUGGACGUGGUGGAAGGUAUGUUGCGAGCCGUUGCAACCGAACUCCAGUCUUCACAUGUAGGUGAAGAGCUGCUGGAAGCUCGGGCACGGGAUCACGGAGAGGAUUGCGCAUCCGUGUCCCACACCAUACUCGCACAGCGGUGGCAAGGGCUCAUCGACGGUCCCUGGCCACGAAUCACUUACCACGACGCUAUAGAGCAUCUGAGGGACGCGGUGACUCGAGGCAGGGUGCGAUUCGAAUAUGCGCCUGGACAUGAAGAAGGCCUACAGACCGAGCAUGAGCGGUUCCUAGCCGAGACGGUCGGACGAGGUGGACCCGUCUUCGUGACCGACUAUCCACGCAACAUCAAGCCAUUUUAUAUGUUGCCAUCGAAUGACUUGUCCGCAGAGACACACGUCCCGACUGUUGCGUGCUUCGAUCUCCUUCUCCCGGAAAUCUGCGAGCUGGUGGGAGGCUCGAUGCGUGAACAUCGGCUGCCGGAGCUCUUGAAGUCAAUGGACGACCAUGACCUCCAGCGUCCGUCAAGUUCCAAUCCGCAGGGGUCCGACGGCUCGUUACAGUGCUAUGAAUCUCUACCGCCCAACUUUUCUCUCUCCGCGAACAUGGUUGCGGGCGCGUUCGCGGGCAUUGCCGAACACUCGGUGAUGUAUCCAAUUGACCUGCUGAAGACCCGGAUGCAGGUCGUCAAUCCGUCACCGACCGCCAUGUACACAGGCAUCUCCAACGCCAUGGUCACAAUCUCGAGGGUAGAAGGCUUUAGAACAUUAUGGAGAGGUCUAUCGAGCGUUGUUAUGGGAGCAGGGCCCGCGCACGCCGUCUACUUUGUGUCCUACGAAGCGACAAAGCAUGCCCUCGGCGGAAACGAGGGAGGCAGCGAGGAGCAUCACCCGCUCGCGGCCGCUGCCAGCGGUGCAGCUGCCACGAUUAGCAGCGAUGCGCUGAUGAACCCAUUCGACGUCAUCAAGCAACGCAUGCAGUUACACGGCUCUGUGUACAAGUCGGUUCCCCAUUGCGCCCGAGAGGUCUUUCGCCGCGAAGGCAUCACGGCUUUUUACGUUUCAUAUCCCACCACCUUGUGCAUGACGGUACCCUUCACUGCCAUGCAAUUCAUGGCAUAUGAGUCGAUAUCGAAAGUCAUGAAUCCGACAGGCCGUUAUGAUCCGUACACGCACUGCUUUGCUGGAGGGCUGGCGGGGGGGUUUGCGGCAGGCUUCACCACACCCUUGGACGUUAUCAAGACCCUUUUGCAGACGCGAGGAAACGCGACAGAUGCUGAAUUGCGGAAUGUAUCGGGCUUAUGGAACGCGGCAAAGAUAAUACAUCAAAGAGACGGGUACAGGGGCUAUUUCCGUGGUCUGAAGCCUCGGAUUAUUACGACGAUGCCCAGCACGGCGAUUUGCUGGUCCGCGUACGAGAUGGCGAAGGCGUUCUUCAUAGCCCGCAGCGACACGAAGUCUGCUUGA